GCCAUUUUAGUGCGUCUGCAGCCAUCCGGCAAGAUGGCGGGUUUGCUUUGUCUUUUGUGAUCGGGUUAAUUCAAUAUUCCGUAUUUUUCUCCGAAACAUAGAUUGGUGAGAAUCCCAUGAACUUUCUCCCUGGAGGAAGGUGUCGCACACGCCACGUGUCUCAGACCAUCUAGAGAUGACGGCAGAGAUCUGCAGCACCAGCAAGUUGAAUACAUUAGUGACAAAACUUCAUGAAUACUUGGGCCAUUCAUCUGAAGAGGAAAGUUGUGAGCUCCAGGUCCCCAAACUCUCUCAUGGUGAACUGAACAAAGCUUACAGUGAAUCAAACAAUACAGACCAAAUCAUGGAAGAGCCAGGAAGCUCAACAGAGACAGUCAGGCCCUCUUCUUCCCGCUCAAAGAGGAAACCCGCCGUUGUGACCAAGCACACUGGAUUGGACGAAUCGGACAUCUCGGAGGAGAGUGGGAAUGAGGGCGCCACGUCGGGCAAUCCUGCAGAUGGCAAUCUUGAUGUGAACAGUUUACCGAAAGGCACUGUGGUGGUGAGGCCGGAGCCCGUGGGAAACGAAGCCAAAGAUGACUUCCGAGGUCCCGAAUUUCGCAGCAGAGGAACUGCAAAAUUAAAAACGGAUUCUCUGCGAAAACGAGGCGGUGAUCACUUGCAUGGAAUCGUCAGCUGCACUGCCUGCGGACAGCAGGUCAACCACUUCCAGAGGGACUCCUUCUACCAGCACCCCGUGCUAAAGGUGCUGAUCUGCAAGUCAUGUUUCAAGUUUUACUCAAGCGAUGACAUCAGCAAGGAUGCAGACGGUAUGGAUGAACAAUGCAGGUGGUGUGCUGAGGGGGGAAAUCUGAUCUGCUGCGACUUCUGCAGCAACGCCUUCUGCAAAAAGUGUAUCCUGCGUAACCUGGGCCGGAAGGAGCUCUCGGGGAUCAUGGACGAGGAGAGCAAGUGGUACUGCUACGUGUGCAGCCCCGAGCCGCUGCUCGACCUGGUGGCGGCCUGCGACAGCGUGCUGCAGAACCUGGAGCAGCUGUGGCACCAGCAGCGCAAGCGGCCCCGGGGCGAGCACGAGAAGCCGGGCCGCGACGAGGGCGCCUGCCGGCACCAGCCCAAGGGCAGGGCCGCCCUCAACGGGAAGGAGCACGGCGCCGACGCCAACGCCAACGGCUCCGGGACUCUCACCUUCACCUACAAGGCCCUGAAGGUGCCCAAGGAGCUGGCGAAAAAGACGAAGAAGCUCGUGGAAACCACGACGAGCCUAAACAACACGUUCAUCAAGUUCAUCCAGCAGGGCGCCAAGGAGCAGGGGAGCAGCAUGGUCAGGCUGCGGCACCUGAAGGCCUUCCGGUCGGUGCUGGCGGACCUGAAGAAGGCCCACGCCGCCCUGGAGGAGUCCCUGGAGAAGGAGUUCAAGGGCCUGGAGGUGCAGAACGGGGAGGAGAGCGGGUGCGAUGUCAGUGGCAGCGGAGUCCUGCCGCAGAUCGUGGAGGCGGACGGCGAAGCGGAGGCGGUCGAGGACAUGGGUAACCACGUUAAAAAAGAAGACAGCAAGUCGAGCGCGAACAAUUCGGUGGAAAGCACCGUGGACUGCGAGGAGGACGGGGUGGCGGGCGCCGUCUUAGACGACGUCGAAAUGAAGGAAAGCCCCGCCGCCUCUCCCGAGGAAGCUCACAGGGCUGAAGUGCAGAGUCCCAAAGGAAAGAGGGCGGGCCCCGAAAAAGACGUGGACUGUGAGGAGGGGUCGGCUUCGGCGGAUGAGUCCUCCAUGGACAAGGAGAUCGUCUCUGUCCCCCUCUCCGUCCCGGAUGAGCUGUUCGAGAUGGUGGAGGGCGCGGUGGGCUCCUCGGGAGUGGCUGAGAGGAGGGGGCGCAGCGUGGGCAGGCCCAGGAAGUCCCCCAAGUCUGCGCUCUCCCUCAGAAAGUCCCCGGACUCAGGAAAGAGCUCCAUAAAGGUGACCAAAAAGCUGGUGGUGAAGCUGUCUCCCAUGCCCCUGAAGGCACCUCCCCGGCACAGACCCAUAAUGACGGAGUUGGGCUUCAAGUGUAAAGAUGAAAGGGAGCAGGAUGAGAUGGAGGAGGACAGGGUGAAGGAGGAGGUGGGGGAGGAAGAGGAGGAGGAGGAGGAGGAGGAGGAGAAGGAGGAGGGCCUCGGAGCCGCAGGCGGGGCUCUGCCGCCGGACGAAGGGCUAGAAAACAGGCGCUCCCCUCGUGUGAAAACCACACCCCUGCGAAAGCAAACGGACAGCAAGAGCAUGGCCCCCCCUCAGGACAACAGCGAGAGCGACACGGACCAGGACACGCCCACCAAGGCCAAAUCCCCCCGGGGGGGCCAGGGCCAGAGGGCCGACGGGGAGAAAGAGUCGGCCAGAGUCACCGCCUCCUCCAGCAAGGCAGACGACUCGGACUCUGACGAAGUCCCCUCCAUCCUGCUCCAGACGGCCGCCAUGAUGCCCAGCUCGGAUGAGGCGGACGGCGAUGGCGAUGACGCCUCUAGCAAACGAGUGGGGAAACGGUGCCUGUUCCCGCUGCAGAAAAACCCCUCCCAGUCGCGGGACAAGACGGCUGCCGCCAAGUGCAAGGCCAGAGUCAGUCCCUCGGACUUAGACGCCGGCAGCGUUUCGACCACGGCCAAGAAAGCCACCAAGAAAAAGAGGGAGAAGGGCUCAGACUCGUCCAACUACGACUCGGACCUGGAGAAGGAGAUCAAGAGCCUGAGCAAGCUCAGCGCCGCCAAGAGGGGGCCGCGCAGAGCCAGGAAGCAGGAAGAAAGGGAGGAAGAGGAGGAUAAAGAGGAAGGAGAAGGGCUGCGGAAAGCGGCCAAGGAAAAGAAGAAGGGUGUUGUGCCAAAAAGAAGGGUGCAGAAAAACAGACAAACGACAAGACAAUCGUCCCCCUCCUCCAGCGAAGAAGAGGAGGAGGAGGAAGUUGAUGGGGGCCGGGAUGCUGACUCUGGAGAGGACAGCGACGAUCAGCAGAAGAUAAAGCCAAUCAUGGAGGAAAUAUCCACAGCGGGGGUGGAAGCUUUCCAGCAGUCAUCAGGGGAUGAAGCGGAGAUGAAGUCUGUACCCACGCUAAUUGCUGAUGAUGACGAUGAUCCAGAGAACAGAAUUGCCAAGAAAAUGCUUCUGGCCCAAAUCAAAGCCAACUACUCUUCAGGGGAUGACAGCUCUUCAGACAAUGAAGAAUCAGAGAAGGAAGAGAAGAAGUCCUCCAAAAAAGCAGGAGAUGAGGAAGAGGAUGGAGAAGAGGAAGGAGAUGGAGACGACAAUGAGACGUCAAAUUCGGGCUCAGACUCGGACACAGACGUCAAGAAGACCCCGCACCGGCACCGCCUUCUACGGCGCAAACUGUCCCUUAGCGAGGGCGAGUCGGAAGACGAGAAGCCCGCGGCCAAGGGGAAAGCGGCAGUCAAGAGGAAAGCGCGGAGGAAAGUGAGCAGCGACGACUCCGCUGACUCAGACUUUGAAGAAUCGGGUGGGAGCGAAGAGUCCGCCGUGUCCGAGGAGCUCAGCGAAUCCGGGGAAGAGGGCGGUCGGCGCAGAACAAGAUCUUCAAAGAAAGAGGAGAAGCAGAGGAGCUACCACCAGAAGAAGAAGAGACGGCGCAUCAAGGUGCAGGACUCUUCCUCCAGCAACGAGAAGAGCGGCUCGGAGGAGGAGGGAGAGGGAGGGCGAGAAGACGAAGACGACGACGAAUCCAAGUCCACGCCCAAGGGUCGCAAGAAGAUCCGCAAGAUCAUCAAGGAUGACAAGCUGCGAUCGGAGACCCAGAACGCCCUGAAGGAGGAGGAGGAGAGGAGAAAACGUAUCGCAGAAAGGGAACAGCUGAGGGAGAAACUGAGAGAGGUCAUAGUUGUGGAGGAGGCAUCCCAGGUCACCUGUCCCAUCACCACCAAGCUUGUGCUGGAUGAAGACGAAGAGACCAAGGAGCCGCUGGUCCAGGUGCACAGGAAUCUGGUGACCAAACUGAAGCCCCACCAGGUGGACGGGGUGCAGUUCAUGUGGGACUGUUGCUGUGAGUCAGUGAAGAAGACCAAGAAGUCGCCAGGAUCAGGCUGCAUCCUGGCCCACUGCAUGGGUCUGGGCAAAACGCUGCAGGUGGUGACGUUCCUCCACACCAUGCUGCUGUGUGAGAAGCUGAACUUCAGCACCGCCCUGGUGGUGUGCCCGCUCAACACCGUCCUCAACUGGCUCAAUGAGUUCGAGAAGUGGCAGGAAGGCAUGAGGGACGAGGAGUGCUUAGAGGUGACGGAGCUGGCCACGGUGAAGCGGCCGCAGGAGCGCGCCUACGCCCUGCAGCGCUGGCAGGAAGACGGCGGCAUCAUGAUCAUGGGAUACGAGAUGUACCGCAACCUCACGCAGGGCCGCAACAUCAAGAGCAAGAAGCUGAAGGAGAGCUUCCUCAAGACGCUGGUGGACCCAGGGCCCGACUUUGUGAUCUGCGACGAGGGACACAUCCUGAAGAACGAGGCCUCCGCCAUCUCCAAGGCUAUGAACUCCAUCAAGACGCGGCGGAGAGUGGUGCUGACGGGAACCCCGCUGCAGAACAACCUCAUCGAGUACCACUGCAUGGUGAACUUCAUCAAGGAGAACCUCCUGGGCUCGGUGAAGGAGUUCCGGAACCGCUUCAUCAACCCGAUCCAGAACGGCCAGUGCGCCGACUCCACCCUUGUCGACGUGCGUAUCAUGAAGAAGCGAGCCCACAUCCUGUACGAGAUGCUGGCCGGCUGCGUCCAGAGGCGGGAUUACACGGCUUUAACGAAAUUCCUGCCCCCGAAGCACGAGUAUGUGCUGGCGGUGAGGGUGACGCCCAUCCAGUGCAAACUGUACCGGUACUACCUGGAGCACUUCACAGGUGUAGGAUCCGCCUUGGAGGGGGGGAGGGGCCGGGCCGGGACCAAGCUCUUCCAGGAUUUCCAGAUACUCAGCAGAAUCUGGACCCAUCCGUGGUGUCUUCAGCUGGACUACAUCAGCAAAGAAAACAAGGGCUAUUUCGAUGAGGACAGCAUGGAGGAAUUCAUUGCAUCAGAAACGGAGGAGUCCUCCAUGAGCUUGAGCUCUGAUGAUGAGAAGGCGAAAAGAAAGAAGAAGCGAGGGAAGGGAAAGAAGGCCACCACAGACGAGUCCGACAGCGACGACCUGGAAGUGAUAAAGGAGUGGAACACCAGCUCCCGAGGGGGGAACCCAGAGGGCCGUAACAGGGCGGAGCCAGUUGAGGAAGUGAAAGCGACCUCCAGUUCAGGUCCUGGCAGCCCCUCUCCCGACUGGCACAAAGACUUUGUCACGGAAGCAGACGCCGAAGUUCUGGAACACUCUGGAAAGAUGGUGCUGCUGUUUGAGAUUCUCCGCAUGGCGGAGGAGGUGGAGGACAAAGUGCUGGUCUUCAGUCAGUCUCUGAUCUCACUGGACCUUAUUGAAGAUUUCCUGGAGCUGGCUGGCCGCUGCAAGGAAGAGGGCAAGCCUUCUCCUUACAAAGGAGAGGGGAAGUGGUUCCGAAACAUUGAUUACUACCGCCUGGAUGGGUCUACUAACGCUUUGACUAGGAAGAAGUGGGCUGAGGAAUUUAAUGACACCAGCAAUGUCCGGGGUCGCUUGUUUCUCAUCUCCACAAGAGCUGGGUCUCUUGGCAUCAACCUGGUCGCUGCAAACAGGGUCAUCAUUUUCGACGCCUCCUGGAACCCCUCCUAUGAUAUUCAGAGUAUCUUCAGGGUGUACCGCUUUGGCCAGCUCAAGACAGUAUUUGUGUACAGGUUUCUGGCUCAGGGCACCAUGGAGGAGAAGAUCUACGACCGGCAGGUGACUAAGCAAUCGCUGUCCUUCCGAGUGGUGGAUCAGCAGCAGAUUGAGCGCCACUUCACCAUGAACGAGCUGACGGAGCUGUACACCUUCGAGCCCGACCUGCUGGACGACCCCAACUCAGAGAAGAAGAGCAAGAGGGCCACGCCCAUGCUGCCCAAGGACCCCUUCCUGGCGGAGCUGCUGCAGAGCUUUAAGGAGAACAUCGUGGGCUACCACGAGCACGACUCCCUGCUGGACCACAAGGAGGAGGAGGCCCUGAGCGAGGAGGACCGCAAGGCCGCCUGGGCCGAGUACGAGGCCGAGAAGAAGGGCCUGUCUCUGAGGGUGACCCAGCCUUCUUACGCCCACCUGGCAAUGGGCGCCUCCAACUCCUACUUCCCGUUCAACGUGGCCGCGCUGGCCUCCAUGAGCAACCAGCAGCUGGAGGACCUGCUAAACCAAGGACGGCACAAGGUGAUGGAGGCCUCCAAUGCACUGCAGACUCUGCCUAGGGAGUCCCUGGAGGACACCAUUGCACGUGUGUGGAAGGAGAACCCGAACCUGGCGGAGGCGCAGGUGCAGUCCAUGGCCUUGGGCCGGCAGGCCAGUGUGGAGCUGGAGCUGAAGCGCCGGGAGGCCAUGUACCGGGACGUGCUGAGCAAGCAGCAGACGCUAAUGAUGUACGUCCAAAAGGUGAUCACCAACAGGAAGGUGCAGGAGCAGCAGAUUGCAUUGGCCAACCGGGCCAAACUCCUGAACCAGCUGGCUUUGCAGAACGGCAUGAUGGGAGCUCAACCCCUGAGCCAGAUGGACUACCUGGGGCUGUACCAGCAGUUUGGCGGGCAGCUGUCCCAGGCGCUGCCGACGGUGCCCUCGCCCACCACCCAGAUGGGCAAAAGCCCAGGGUCCUCCAAGGGCAACUAAUACGUCUGACGCACACACGCUCCCCCUGCACCUGGCCCCAGGUCCUGGACUGACAGAGCGAUAAAACCCAUUCUAUCCGCCUCCAUGCGGCUUCCCGAAGAGAAGUAUGCAAAACGUCUGAGGACAGCGUGUAGGGGUCUUGCAAUUUUAUUUGAAAAAAAAAAAUGUUGUAUAUAUAGCCUUAAUGUUAUUCAAGUUUUAUUCCCUUUUUUCCAGGUAUUUUAAGAAAAAAAGGAACUGUUUUCCCCACAAAUGCUUUUAAGCAUUGCGUCAUUCUUUUCAGUAACCUUUUCCCCUGAAAGGAGGGCUGAAUUAUUUAAAUUCUGUUUUUGUUGGUUUUUUUAUACCUCAUAUAAAAAAUCUAAUAUAAAAGCCUAAGUACACUUAAGCGGGACCAUAGUUAUGCUUGUGAUAGAUUUCUAUUAUUCAAAGAUCCUGCUUCUUUGAAACAGGAACACUCUACCCCCAAUAGUGUCAUUCACAAUGUUCUAACUGGUGAUUGGCUGGUAGCUGGUGCUGUAAAACCUAGUUGUCUAGGAAGUACUGGUACCAGCACUAGAACUGAAUAACAAAAAAAAAAAUACGGCCUUAUAUGAAGUUCCUAAACAUGUUGUAAAAUGAUUUAAAAAAAAAAAAAAUGUUGAAUACCUUUUUUUUGUAUUACGCUUUGAGACGAUUACGCUAGUUGUUGCUAACCAUGGUAUGGAAUGCCUGUGUCGUUCAAACUGCUUGCUGGAUUAUCUGGACUUUUGUAACCUCCAGUUCUUGUUGUAAAGUGUUGCCUAGCCAUAGUACUGUACUGUGGGUACCGUUCAUGUUUUUUGUUUUGUUUGUUUUUAUUUUUGUUUGUUUCACUUGUGUUGUUCUGUUUUUUUGUCCGUUUCUCCCCCCCCACAUUUUCGCUUUCAAUGCUAAACAGGCGUAGAUGUGAUGAUGAGGAAGAAAUUCCUCCCUUAUCGGAGACUGUAUGCUCCCUCGAUUGCACAAGGUGUAUUUCAGAAAUGUAGAGGAACUUUUCUCCCUCCCAAGAAUGUUCUCAUGUUAGCAAAUACACUUCCUUGUUUUGCCAUUAAUCUGAUCUGCUAUUUACUAGAUAAGUAUUUAAUAUUACAUUUAAUAAAGUGACCAAAAGGCCGGUUUUCUUGCA